AUGUUGGAAGGAAAAAAGAGCCGCUUCAGUCAUAUUUACCCGCUCUUCAGCCUGCCCAAACAGCGUACCUGCUCGACCACAUGCAGAAUGCAGUUUCAGCUUGCUCAUAGAGAUACAAAAAGCCAGCAGACAUGUACUGAUACAGGCUGUCAGACACCAUCACCAGAGACAUGCUCAGUUGGGACACAGCUUUCCAUAAAGUCUCUCCAACCGCAUGUCAGAGGUAAAGGGACACAGACAACAUCACAUUAUACAGACGUCCAACAGAUGAACGGUCGUCAAGAAGAAGGUGCCCCUCAGCAGCAGGGGGUGAGUUCCUCUUCGAGGCAGGAGGAUCCACAGCUCCCCCACAUUAAAAAAGAAGAGGAGGAUCUCCGGGUUACUCAGGCAGGAGAGUGUCUUCUAGGGCAGGAGGAGGCUGAUCUCCCCAAGUUUCCACUGACUGUUGUCUCUGUGAAGACUGAAGAGCAUGAAGACAAACCACCUGAGUCCUCACAGCGUCAUCACAGUCCAAAUGGCAACCAGCUGGUUGGUUGUCAAGAAGACUGUCCCCCUCAGUCGCUGGAGGGAAGCUCCACUUUGAAGCCGGCGGAACCAAAGCCCCCCGACCUUAAAGAGGAAAAGGAGGAAGUGUGGAUCACUGGGGAGGGAGAGUGUCUUCUAGGGCAGGAGGAGGCUGAUCUCACCAAGUUUCCACUGACUGUUGUCUCUGUGAAGACUGAAGACCAUGAAGACAAACCACCUGAGUCCUCACAGCUUCAUCACAGUCCAAACGUCUAUGAAGAACAUCUUCUCCCUGAGCAGCAGGAGUGGAGCUGCAAGAUGGAGCAGGAGGAGCCACAGCCCUCCCACUUUAAAGUGGUAGACAUAGCGCUGCAGAUCCCCCGUUUUAAAGAGGAAGAAGAGGAACACAGCAUCAGUCAGGAGGGAGAGCUAAAUGUGUUCUCAGUGGUUGUGAAGAGUGAAGAUGAUGAGGUCAUAAGUGAAAGUGAGGAGAAGGGAGAGGCGGAGCCUCCAAGCAGCAGCUCAACUCAACACAUGACAACAGAAGCUGAUGGAGACCACUGUGGAGGAUCACAAGCAGACAAGCUCUUAGCUCCACUAUCAGAUAGUGAGGACACAACGUCACACUCUCCUGACACUGAUGAUGAAGACUCUAAAGAUGAUAAGACAUGUCACACUGACAACACACACCUGACGUGUUCUUACUGUGACAAAACGUUCAAUUACCUCUGUCGUCUGAAAACACACAUGAGGAUACACACCGGAGAAAAACCUUUUACCUGCUCAGUGUGCGGUAAAGGUUUUGCCCGAAAAGACGUGUUGAAAGAACACACGAGAACGCACACUGGGGAAAAAUCUUUUACUUGCUCGAUCUGUGGGAAAGGUUUUGUGACAAGUACACAUUUGAAAGUGCACACAAGAAUGCACACUAAAGAAACACCCUUUUCCUGUUCAAUGUGUGGCAAAGGUUAUGUAACAAGUACAAAUUUGAAAGUGCACAUGAGAAGGCACACCAGAGAAAACACCUUUAUCUGUUCUGUCUGUGGUAAAGAUUUUUUACAAAAUCACGAUUUGAAAAGACACAUGAGGACACACACUGGAGAAAAAGUGUUGUGUUGCAGUGUGUGUGGUGAAGGAUUCUCUUAUAAGUACCAGUGUAAGAAACACAAGUGUGCUGGUGAGAACAGCAGCAGCAAAUGAAGAUGCAGGAUUCUAAAUAAACUGUCAAAACUUU